UUCUCAGUGGGCGCGAGCAUGGCCGACGACGAAGGUGAGGACAGCGAAGACGACGUCGAGAUUGUGGGCGUGCCGACUGCGAGCAACAUCAUGCUAUUUCCUGCAGAAGAGAAUCCGCACGCUGAUAAAGAGGAGUACGAGGCAUCGCACGGCGAUUGUGGCACAUCUGGACCAGGAUGGGGGCAGGCCGGUGGUCAAGCGGAUGAGGAAGCGCAGCAAGGCGACUGGAGCACGUCCGGACCAGGGCCGGCGAAACCUGCGAGCAAGAUAACAGAGCUCGUCUUCAAGUGCAGCUUCCACCAGAAUAACAAGUGCAAGCCUACGACAUGCAGAGACUAUGCCGACUUCCUCAGGCAGCAGAAGCGCGAGGCGGAGAGGGCAGCAAGGGCAAACGACAAGAAGGGGAAAACUUCGCGAGCAGAAACAAAGGGGACCUGGCGUACUAUCACCGACACGAACAGAGGUCGCCGCGGCGAUGUUACGGCGGGGCAAGACAGUGCUUCGGCGGGCGAGCGCGACGGGCCGCCGCACCUCUCGCCUCCGGAUGCCGGUUCCUCGCCUUCAUCCGACGAGCGCUCUGAGUCGGCAUCUUCGGAGAGAAGCUCCCCUCCGCCUGCGAGUCGUGGUAAGAGGCCGAUGCGCACCGUCCCUCAACCGAACACUCCGCCCACCCGACCCGGCAACCUACAGCGCCCUACGCACUUGACGAAACGCAGCUCAAGCGGUGCUGGUGGCAGUACUCAGGCGAGCAUGCCUGCUACGCCGACCACGCCUGCUACCCCACCCCCGCCGCCAGCUGGGCUGCGCAAGAACGGCAACGGCAAUGGCAAUGGCAAUGGCAAUGGCGCCAGCGCCGGCCGAGCCGCAUCUACGAAACCUACCCCGCUGCCCCCGCGCGGCUGCAGAAAGGCAAGGGCAAUGCAGGAAACAAACUGUGGCUCGCGUGCGGGCGGAAUACAACAGUGGGUAGAGCAAGUCGGCCGCAACGCAACUGUCGAUGAUGACGCGAAGUCCGUCGGCGGAUGGAGCACUGUGUCAAAUGGCGCCGGCCAGUGGGGCGAGCCCGACGUUGUUCAGACCAAAGCCGACGAUGUUAAAUCCGUGGGGGGAUGGAGUGUCAUGUCCAUGGGUGAGGGCCAAUGGGGCGAUGCCCAAGUUGUCCAGAAGACCCACGCUGUCCAGAAGACCCACACUGUCCAGAAGACCCACACUGUCCAGAAGACCUACGUCGUCCAGAAGACCCACGUUGUCCAGAAGAGGGACGACAAUGCGAAGUCCGAGGGCGAAUGGAGUGUCGCUUCAAAGGGUGUGGGCAUGUGGGCCGAGGACGACAACGUCCAUGACAAAGGUGACGAUGCGAAGUCCGCAGCUGGAUGGAGUGUCGCGUCAAAGGGCAUAGGCAUGUGGGCCGAGACCGACGUCGUAGGGAAGGACGACGACGCGGUCUCUUCCGCAAGCACAGUCGCGCCUAGCAAGUCGAAGGCCCACGGUGCUGUGGCACCCGAUGCAGGAAAGGGCAAAGCGAAGGGAAAGAAGAAGGAUAAGAAGAACCAGAAGAAGGACAUUCAGAACACUCAGAAUGGUGGAAAGAUCCCUAUCAGUGCGAACCCCACCGCGACAGUCCUACCUCAGUUCGUGCCUACGGCAAAGCUGAACUGGGCCGACGAGAUGCAGAACGAGGACGACAAUCGCUCGGUCGCAUCAAGCACUGAUCAAUGGGGCCGCGUGUCGAACGGGCCUUGGUAGGCAGACUGAGGACGACGUUUGCUCAGGACUGGAAGAAUAGUGUGGACGGAUGGAUCCGUGGACAUGGUGGAUACGGUGACAAGAACUCCUAGACAUGUCCAUUUGAUAUUGACGCCAAAUCGCUCUCGUUGCUAGUGUCUUGUGCUCGAGACAAUCUCGCUGUUUUCUUGCUUUCGCGCUGUAACAUUGCAAAGCUAUCGAUGUACAUAUGCAGAUUCUGAAGUGUAAAAUGAAGUCAGUUUCAUUACAAUAUGUGCUGCAUAUCAUAGAGGCGGAUCACACUGACA